GAGGGAGAGGCGAGGGAGGGAGGAGGUGGUAUCCCUGGCGGUGGCGGUGGUGGUGGUCACUAGCUGAGAUUCGUCUGCCGAGGAACGUGUGACGCUGCUUGCUUGGUUCCGUCAGCAUCGUCAGUACGGCAGAAACCUGAUUGGCUAGCGGCGAUUAGGCCUUGAUGCGUGCCAGGGAGUGCUGCCGAGACACGCCAGUCCAGGGUGAUCGUGGUGACCCGUGUGGCCCGCGCUGGCUCCUGCUGGCCCGUGACUCACUUUGGCCACCCCAGCACUCUGGCCCAAUGUUUAGGCGGGCUGCAUAUAACGAUCUUUGCUCGGCAGUGAAUCAUGAUACUUUGCAAGUGUUUAGUUUUGUAGUGAAUGGCAGCAAAGUGUAAGAUAAAUAACCAUUGCUGGUGGCCAAGGAAUUGCGUUGGCCAUUCUGACUACUGGCCAUGGUGACUCGAGCUGGCCGGAACUUUCUGUGACAAGUGUGCAUGUUUCCAGCUCAUCAUUACCUUAUGAUACUGUGUGGAGAUCUGAGGAGUGCAUGAGAUGGCAGAGGAUGGUGGAGGAGGGCCAUCAGGGGCCCUACCUGACAUGGUGGCCCAGGGUUACUAUCGCUAUGGCUUGCUGGUCGCCACACAUCCCAAGAAAGUCAUCUUCCUUGCCUUCACCUCCUUCCUCAUCCUGUGCACCCCUCUGUGGCACCUGCCUCUCCCAGGCUACCUGCCCCAGGAGUAUGUGACUUCACUUUUCAACUAUAGUGUGCCUCCUCCAGCCCCAGAGGGAGGCAUCCGGCUUGAUCCAUCCCCAACCCCAACCCCUCUUUGGUACCAGGGUCCUCCUCGUGCCUACAUACUUCAGAUUGUGGUGAAAAGUGGUGUGGUGCCAUGGCAGGAAGGCCUCACUGUCAGUGACAGCUAUCGGGGACCACUUUCUUCUGUGUUCCACUUGGCCCAGACCAUCAGCAAUUAUCACCUCCAUCACAAUGAGAGCGUGACACUGGGUAGUGAGUGUCUGCUCAUUGAAGGUGUGGUCAAAAAGAUGCAGUCAGCUGGUCAGGUGCUCCCCCACUACAACUGUCUCAUGUUAUCCCCUGCUGAUCUGUGGUCCCGCAACCUACAUUCUUUCCUUCAGGAUCCCAGUGUCCUCCUCACAGUCAACUCUCUCAUGGCUAGCUAUGAGGGACAGACCAAUGUAGCAGACAUCCUGUUUGGGGUGCCUUCCCGAGAAAUUGGCUUCAGGCGAAGCAGGAAUCCUGAGCGUGUCAUCACCUAUGCUGCUACACUGGCCCUGAAGCAUUAUAAUGAGGAGUUUGUGCGUGGCCUGGAGCACGAGCUGACAUCCAGGUACCCCUUGCAUCAACCAGUCCAGCCGGGGCGGGAAGAGAUGACCCAUGUGUACUUUCCUUCCCGUCUCUCACUGUGGGAGUUCCUCCUUAUCAUCUUCUACUGUGUCCUGUUUGUGUCCAUCUACUUCUCCAUUCUGAAGAUGGACAUGUUCAAGAGCAAGUUGGGGAUGGCCAUCAGUGUACAGGCCACCCUCAUUGCUUCUCUCUGUGUCUCAGUAGGCUGCUGUGCCUAUUUUGGGCUACGGCCUCUGCACAGCAAAGGAAAGUUUGUGUAUCCAGUGCUGGCUGGUCUGAUAGGGUUUGAAAAUAGUAUGGCUUUGAUGCGUGCAGUUUUGCAGACCCCAGCUCAUCUAGAUACCAAGAUCAGGGUGGCCCAGGGCCUGGCACGGGAAGGAUGGACGAUCACUAAAUAUUUCCUCACCAUGAUCACUAUUGUCACUGUUUCUUUCUUUCUUUUCAUUCCUUUAGUACAAGAAUUUUGCAUCUAUGGCUCAGUAGUACUGCUGUGUGACCUUUCCACACAGCUUAUUUUCUUGACUGCAGUACUGUCCAUUGAUUUGCAUCGCUAUCAGGAUUCAGAGGAUCAACGCAGACCUCCUGUGGUAAACAGUGUAGUACCCUCACUCAAUCCAUUGUUUCGGUACCAGCCACCUGGCCCUACUUCAGGCCUCAGGAUCCUACCUGGCAGCCCUGGCCCAGGUGGAACUUCUGUGCCUAAUCUACAUCGCCGAACUGCCCCAUCAGGGACCUCUGUGGAUUGCAAUGGUCAAGAUCGUGUGGCUCGGCCCCAAACUAAGCCUCGGGGACCUGAGACUAUGCCUAAGCGGUUAAGGGUUGCUUAUUUUUUGGCUAAAAAGCGUAUGUUUCAGCGAAUGUUCAUGUGUGUGUUUGUGGGGUGGAUUGCAUUCAUGGUGUACAGCUCUGGCCUUAUUGAACACUUCUCUGAGCCAGCUGAGAACCUACGUCACCCAAGGGACCUUCCUUCUGUCAUCUUUUCCCUCACCAACCGAAGUACCCAAUUGUACCAACAGUCCCUUCCACCCAGCCCUAGCCAGACCCAGCCGCCAUCCAGCCCUGCCUCACAGCCUCCAACACCUCCCUCAUCAACAGCUAAUGGCAGUGCAGCAGGCCAGGACAAUGGCCUCAAGCUCCUGAAGCACCGCACCCACUCACUGCUGCGCCGCCUUCCACACUCUCACUGGCCAACCCUGUUUAGCUAUUACAACAUGAGCAUCACUGGUCACUACCUCAGUUUUUUGCCUCCCAUCCUGCUGUCUCUCCCUGUCACCCCAGAAGAAGCACAGGAGGUACACAAUCCCACCGACCCCAACCGAAGUCCCUGGAUGCUGCAGCAUGAGAGCUCAGAUGAAGAUGAGGAUGAGGCUUCCUGGCAGGGAGAGUCAGCCUUUGUGCCCUCAUCCACUGGGGAGCUGCUGAUGACUGCUGUGUUGGUGAUUCCAGCACUUCUGGUUUUGGUGUAUGCCAUGGUUGCCUUCUAUCAUUGUGUCUGCUCCCGGAACUAUGCUGAGUGGCGGGCCUCCUGGUGGGGACAGGAAGGCCACCGGGAUGAGUCAUCACAGAUCAUUGGUGAUGCCUUGCCAUUGGUGCUAGCUGGCCACCCAUAUGAUGUGGAAUGCAUGUGUACAGAUGGGCAGGUAUUGGUGUCAUCCUGUCUGGCAGGUGUCAUCCGGGUGUGGGACCCCAGCACAGGGGAAUGUCUUGCCAGUAUCAACCGACACAGUCAACCUAAGCCUGGGCAACGUGAGAGUUCUCCAGAUGAGGGAGAGGAGGUUCAUUCUGAUUAUGAGUCUGGCUCACCUCGCUCACAACCAGGUGAUUGCAGCUACAUGCAGAGAGCCAGUGUUGACAAUGAAAGGAGUAGUGCCAGCUUGUGCAGCUGUGGGCCACUGGGAGAGGAAGAUGAUAGUGAUCAAGAAGCUUCAGACAUGCAGGAAAUGACUAAAUGUCAGUCCAGUGGUCUCUUCCAUGCCUUCCCUGAUCUCACUCCAGCCAUUGACCUUCACUUUCAUCAAAGUAGUCCAGUAACUGAAUCUCCUGGCAGCAGUCCCUUCAGCCACUUUGAGAAGUUCUACCAAGAGCACCGCAAGCUGUUGCGUGAAGAGGAAGAACACAGGCAAAGGCGAGCUAGGAAGACUUCAGACUGUGGAGAGCAGCCAGGGCGUUGCCUUUUGCCCUCCUCAACUGAGCACUUAGGGGCUUGCAGAGAUAGCAGGAACUUAAGUUCGGGCAGCAUCUCUUCACAAGCUCUCCUUGGACAUGUGUCUCUAGAGUGGGAGGAGGUGCCUCCAAUCUGGUGCCUGGAGUGCCAGAAUGCAUUGGUGUUGGUUGGCUGUGGCUCAGGCAGGGUGGAAGUCUGGGAUAUGUACAGCUGCUUGCUCAAGUGUGUAUAUGAAGAUAGGGCCAGGGCUGGUGGUGUCACCUCCAUGCGGAUGUCUGGGAACCGUGUGAUGGUAGCACGGCUCUCUGGUGUUGUGGACAUGCUUCUCCUUGAGGCUACAACUACUGUCAUACCAUCAGGCACUCCCACUGCAGCUCCCACUGCAUCACCACUGCACCAUCAACAUUUUGAUAAUGUUUCGCACCAGUUCCGGCACUCUCAGCGGCCAGGCCACAGUCGUGGUGGCAGUGGUAGCGGCUGGACCUUUAGUUAUGAUGAGCCGCUGCGGCUUGUGAGGUAUGCAGGCAUGCGAGCACACCAGCAACCCAUCACUGUUAUGACGUGUGACCACACUCGUCUCAUCACUGGAGCCCAUGACCACACCCUCAAGGUGUUCAGUAUGGUUGAUGGCAGUGCACUGUUCACCUUGCAUGGCCAUUGUGGCCCCAUCACAUCUGUCUUUGUGGAUGGGGGCAGUCUUGAGGCACUGGGCAGCGAGGUGGAGGUGGCAGUGGACCUUGGUGUGGGAGCCAUCAUUGGUAGUGGUUCCCAGGAUGGCAUGUUGUGUGUGUGGGAUGUUGUGACUGGGGCUUGUGUGUACAGUGUUCAGGCACACCAUGGGGCCAUCACCACCCUAACCUGCACCACCAGUUACAUUCUCUCCCUAGGAGAGGAUGACAAACUGUGUGUGUGGGAACGCUUCCAAGGUCACCUUCUGAACACCCUCCAGAUGACACAGAUGUACUGCACCAGUAUGGUCAUGCUCACCAACAAGCUUCUCAUCACCAGCAGACAGGGUUCCCUAACAGUAUGGGACAUCACCUCGGGUACACCAGUGCGUGUCGUCCGUUUGGGUGACCGUGACGAAAGUGUCUUCAUCCGCCACUUGAUGCCUGUGGCAGACACCAUUGUUUGUGACUAUGGGAACCAACUGCGUGUUGUGAGGCUUCCAGUGGCUGAGAAAUAUGACUGAGGAAGCCAAGGACACAAAGCUCUUAGUGAGGUGGGCAGGGCAAUCCACAAGCUGCCAUUGACUCUUUCACUUAACUGCUAGUAUAGUAUUUAUUAUUUGUGUAUUUGUAUUUACAGAUGAGUUAUAACAACUUUUGAAGCAAUGAACCAUGCCCAGCAUUCAGUAUUCUACAUUCUUAGGAGUUCAAGUGUCUGCAUCAGGAGUGUAGGACCACUGCCACAAGUUUUCAUGCCAUAUAAUGUUAAAAUAAUAGAAGUGGUUUACCACAAUGAUGCUUCAUUGAUGCUAAGAUCAUUUUGAUUGAUAUUAUUGCAACAUAUUUAAGCUAUAAAAUUGGACUAACAGAUUUACAUGGUAGGAUUCAGUGUUUUCACAGCAUGCAUGAACCACUACUAUUGUAGAGAUGUCAGUAGUCUAAGGGCUGGGAGUCUUGGAGCACACUGGUAGCAUGUGGUUUGGAAUAAUUGUCUAAAUAUAAAAUUUUACAUUUUAUGUACAAGACAAGUGUGAGAUGUAACAGUUUCACCUAAUUAAAUUUACUUUAUUUCUGUAGAGUGUGGUUUUUAAGAUAGACAUUGAAUAGAUCAAUUAUUUUUAAUAUUAUAUAUAAUACUCUGCUGUCAUUAAAUUAUUCUGCUUGAAGAGAAAACAUGUGAUAAGCAGAGUGAUUUAUAUGGCAAAGCUUUUCCGUAAGCAGUACAGAGAAGGAACAGCAAGAACCAGUUUUUCUUAAUGAGGGAAGCUGCAAAUGGUGCUGUCAUGAAACAGAAACUUAUCACUUCAUAAGCCUUACAGCAUUAUAUAAGCUUAAAUUCCAAAAUAUGAUUCUCUUAAAAGUGUAAGUUUCUUAAUCCUAUAUCAGAUUUUACAAACAUGCAUAUGGCAAGCAAUGUAAUGGAAAAUACAGCUUGUAGAGAUACUCAAGUAUAUUACAACAAUUAGACAUGAAACCAAUUUUUUUAAAGGGAUUCAUUCUUCUUGUACCUGAAGAUUUUGAGAGCAUGUUUGACUAAAAUCAUGCUGCUCAUGAGGUUUUACUGACCCAGUAAUGCUACUGGGCUCCUAGGUGACUAGUUUUAAAGAUUAAUGUCAGUAAAGGAAAAUUCACAUCAAAAUAAUCAUUGAGUGUAGUGUGAAGAAUAUAUUCAGAUCUCACUUGUAAUGGGCAAGGAGAUUAUACACAAGAUCUCAUCCUUCAAUGCAUCAGUAGGUGAUUCCCAAAUAUUCUUCAGUCUGUUUUGAUCAGUAAUAUGCUGUGCCCUCCAGAAUCUCCCUCCAGUUGGGUGGUUAAAGCAGGGAAAUCUACAGCUGUCCCAAUCAAAUUGCAGUCCUUGCAUUCCUUUCUUUGUUCCACUUCUUACAUUAACUUGAGGCUGUAUGUAAUCCUUCAUAUUUAGUCAGAAGCUUUAGAAAGGUACCUGAGCCAUGGUGCAGUUUCAAGAAAGGAAAGGUGGAAAAAUACAGAAGCAAAUGAUUGGGUGAGAAAGCAGAUUGGUUGUUAUAAAGUUAAUUUGAUAAAUUCAUCUCAUUGUGUUUGUGUGUGUGUGUGUGUGUGUGUGUGUGUGUGUGUGUGUGUGUGUGUGUGUGUGUGUGUGUGAGAGAGAGAGAGAGAGAGAGAGAGAGAGAGAGAGAGAGAGAUCAGGCAGAAGAGUGUGAAAGCACAGUACACUUUGUAAGUAUAUGUAAAACAGAGAACUGGUUAUACCAUUGCAGAUUGCUCUUGGAUGACAAGCAUUAUCAUGACAAGCUGUCUUUGCAAGCAUUCAUGAAAGAUUCCUUUAAUAUUAUCUUAGCAAGAGUUCAGGUCUAGAUAUCUUUAUUUUGAGAUGGGGAAAAAAAGAUAGCUGCCUGUCUAGAAGCAUCCUUUUCCAUCAAGCUGGUAUCAGUGGAAGUGUGUAGCAUUUUGAAAACAUGCUCACCAUCACAAAUAGCAAAUCCAAUAAGUACAGCAUGAGAAGAAAGUGUGACCUAGUGUAUAAUUUGUUAUCAUUUGGUUGUAUCUCUUUUGUAUGCUAGACCUCCAGGUGAUUUGUGUAAAAUAUUGUGAAAAUAACUUCACUGUUGUAUAGUGAAAGAAAUGUAGAUUUACUGAGCACUUUUGGCAAGCAGAGUGCAGCAACAUGAACACUUAGCAGGAACUUAAACUAGUCAGGCACACUUUUAAUAUGCAUGAGAUCUCUGAUCAUCUGUUGAUGCCUCUGCUGCAAAGUCAGUGAGCCAGGCUCAAAAAAUUAAUGCUAUCUGAGAAGGCAAAAGUAACACCACCAUUAAGAACCAAGUAGAAACUGACACACUUACUGCAUGAACAGCUUGGUGAAAACAAAAAUUACAUAGGAAUCACAAAGUUGCAGAGCCUUGAAAUUUUUAUUUAGAGAAUUUCACCUGUUACAAAAUGUCAUAGUGGGAGAUAAAUCUAUUUGCAAUGUGUAUAACUUGGGGGAAAAAAAAAGUUGAGGUACCACAAAAUAGUGUAUAUAUCACAUUUUAGGUAUUAAAAAUGCACUGUAGUUAUAGUGAAAAGUGAAAAAGCCAUAUCAGCAUCUUAUUUGUACUAAGUCUUGUGUACAGUGGAAUUUAGGCAACAGUAUAAUAAUGUGAUCUUAACUGGCCAUUGCAUGAAUACUUGUACUAUUUUCUUUCAAAUAUGGAAUUGCUCUCUAGUCACACAGACCAGUUACCCAGUGUUAGAGGCCAGUGUUUGUGUCAAGGCCCGUGUGUGGUGAAUAGAUCAUCAGGAUGAGAAUGUGUGUUCACACCAUACUUUUCAUCACCACCAUCACCACCACCAUCAAAAUCAUCAUCAUUUCAUACCCCAGAAGUUGAGUAGAAGAGAGAAUGGGUCCUGAAUCAGUUGAAGGAUAAAAUGCUCUCUGAAAUCGAUCACACUUAUAACACACUGAAAGUCAGACUCUUCAGUGUUGUUAAGCUAGGCAGAUAUUGCUGUUUUCUUUGUAACUUAUCUGUAUACCAAGCAGAGUUAUAGAUGAUGGAAUUUGUACAGCCUUCAUUUUGAGGAGUAUUUUAGAAAACAGGAGAGCACUUUUCCAGAUGAAGACUAGCUGAGAAAUGUGUCAUUCGUCUGAAUGAAAACAGCAUCACGAGAAGAUUAUCAGUUGUAUUAAGUGGCAAUGAUAUGAGGGAGUUUGGAAAUCAGUAACCUUUUGUCCAUGAAUAUCACUUGAGCUGGUAAUUUUGUCAUCCAUCCUGUUUCUUAUAUAUAUAUAU